AAAAAAUAGAAUGACUGAACACCAGCAUCCUCUGCGCGCUGGAGCGUGCAGGGCAGAGGCAAGCCCUCUGAAGACUGCGCGACGAAGCUUUGCUAGUUUCGGAGGUGCGGCACUCUCGGCAAGGUCUGGUUCAGCAAGGACAACGGCGUCUCAACAGAAUGCGAAUUCCGCACUAGUGCAAGAUAAAACCUUGGGAACGACGAAUGCCGCGCGACAACACGCACAGAAAACUCGUAAGAAGGUCUCGCAUGAAAGCCAAAGCAAUAAGACGACGAGAACAAAGGCGGAUCCGGCUGCUUUAUUAGCGACGGAACCUACGCCAAAAACAAAAAGUAGGACUCGGGGGUCUACACGGACGAAAAGGGGGCCAGCAGGACCUCUCGCAGUGAUGAAAUUUGACGAGGAGAAUAAGGAGAAUGUGGUGAUGCAUUGUCUUUCUACUGGCCAUGGAGCAAAUUGUAUGUGGGGCGAUGGAAACGUCGCGGGUGAGCGUGAAGAUCUUCUAACUUUCACUACAUCAAUUAAGCCAAGCAUCAAUUAAGGCUCACAUUUAAUACAGGGAAAUGGACCUCCAUCUUCAGAGACAUCUUGCAAGAGUGUGCGUAAUGUUGUAAAGGGGAAGUAUCAGAAAGGAAGAGAUUGCACUUCUUCCGAGAUUGUUCGUUUCAAGAAGAUGGAUUUCUGGAAUCUCUAAAAACCCAACGUUUCUUCCGCAACUUCUUCUACCACGACCGCUGCAACAUCAGCAAGAAGAAUCAAGCAGGAGGGCGGCGCGGUGCCUGUCCCAUUUUUAGCCACCAGAGCCACGACUCAGAAGCACGUCUUCGCAGGUAAAAAUUCGACAAAGCAGAAAAUCUCAACGGCAAGCUCCUCGGGAGCAAUACCUGUUGCAGGUCUUCUCACGACAACAAGAAAUCGGAAUGCUUCUAGAACGCUGUCUUCCAACCAGCAGCUCCAAACCCUUGCCACCUGUGCAGCACAUGCUAAUGCUAGUGCUGCUAGUAGUUCAUCUAGUGCUAGCGCUGGCAACUCGAGAGUGUUCGGUUCUUUCGCAAAUGCUACCGCAGCUUCGCGCGCCCGAACGAGACAAACUAGUCCGCGCAGAAGUCGCAUGCAUAGUCCAGUCAUUACUGAGCGGGAGGUUUCCGGGAUCGUUGUUGUAAGGCUCCCCCUAAUCCAUCUUGAAAAAUACUUGCUUGCUUGCCUUGAGGUUUGGAUGUCUUUAUCUUUCAAGGACAACGGAGUCGCAUGAGAGACGUAAUUAUAGUUCAAGAAGGAUCAUUACUGCACUGAGCGCUAAUAUGUUCCGCGUCAGGUUCUAGUUCUCGGAGAAAAGUUGCGAGCAGUGCUUGUACAACAGCAGACCGUGGUGGCGCGCAUGGAGGUGCAGGAACCGACUCGCGUAUCGAAUGUGCAGAGACGAGCGAUGCUGCAGCAAACGGGGACGUCGUGGAGCUUCUUGGUGCUUUAUCUUCUGCCUCGGAACCGGAAGUAGCGCAAGACGUGGGUAAACGUGAUCUCAGCUGUGUUGAUCUCAAAGAGACUAUGAAGCCAAACAAGAAUGGUGUCGCUUCCGGUGCAACUACAAUUAUGGCUUUCUUCAUACCAGCACAAAAGUUAUUUUGUUAUAUUCGAGGAGGAGGAAAGAUGGUGGAGAUUCAGGUUCGUUGUUGACAUAAUCUUUUUCGUUGCAGCAUCGUCGAGAAACGUAGCCUUACUAUACUUGGUCAUGAAGAUACUCCGAACUCGAAUAAGAAUGAGCACAGGACUAUAAUCGGAAGAUGAUGAUGAAGCUAUCUCUUCAGUAAUAUGAUGCACGGCGACCACAUCAGGGCUACGCUAUGAAGCAAAGCGCUAAUGCAACAACACACCUGUCUUGUUCAUCGAUAAGUGCUGGGCAGCAUGGACCCGGAUCGAUCACUGGAAAAGUUUUAUGUUUCGAUCACUAAAAAUAAAAUCCUCUUCAUACAGUGAAGAUGUUACUUGACAUCGCCCACCGGCAUCUUUUUUCUGCUCUUUGUCUCUCUUGUCUCCUUGUCCUUUGUCAUCAUAUCAUUUACUAGUCUUCACUUCCUUCUAAGAAUAAGCCUGCUACAUCAACAGGAAAACUCUUGCGUGUCCACGGCAAUAGAUGACGCAGGAAGCAGUCCGAUUCCCUACUCUUCGCAAGAUUCCCCGUUUGUAAUCGACUCACCGCCAUUUGUGGUAUGGAUGUAGUUUUUCUUUCCAUCUUGUUUUACAACUACGGACCAUCAUGAAACAAGGUGAACGCACUCUUUAUCUUUCUAGAGGGAAAAAAGUAAAGGGGGCGUAAUCUUGUUGUGGACUUAAUUGAAGAAGUAUGUCUCGGUGGGGGAUUGAUUAGUAGAACUAGUCAAUCUACGUUGUAUACGGCUGGGAUGGUCCAGCUAGGUGAGAAGAACUACAUUCAUUUUCAUAGGUGGAGGAAAGCCGGGAAAAAUCUCGACCGCCUGGCAGCAAAGAAGUCGACCCUUCCGAACCGGCAUCAAACACACUGUACUAUCAUAUCGUAUCUAAUUCUUGGAGUUGGAGACGGAGAGCCUCUUAUGGAUAUCUUCUCUCAUCUCGUCCUAUUCUAGGAAUGAAAGUACUCCUUGUCCUUCUCGUCCGCAUCCGCACGAAUAGUAUUCCUUUUGCUCCUUUUUCUUUCAUUACUAAACUAUCCAUAUCCUUCUUCUAUCGUGGCCCUACUUAGUUGUUGGUUUCUGUUGUACUUGCCCGGUGACGGAGUCUGUAAGUCUAAGUAGGGCGUUGAGCGUACAACUUGACCUUGAGGUGUAAAGUAUCUGUUCUAUGACUCUGUCCUUGAUAAUCAUUGUGCCUCUGUGUAUGUUCGUAGAGAGCCAAUGAGCCAUUUCUAGUUGAGAGCAGAUGGGCGACUCGGUGUAUUUGAGAUGGUGUUUCUGUUUUGCUACACAAGUGCAAAUUAUGAAUUGAAUGAGAUUAUCUCUUCACGUGCUAAAGAGAGACUGAGUUGAACAUGGCAAUUCGGAUGUUCUCCUUUGAUAAAUAUCUCGUAACGGGUUAUCCAGCUUCAUUGUAGCCCAGGUCAGGAUUGUGCGCCACCUUGUUUAUGUACAGAUUUUCGCGAUGAUGCUUGGUUUUUUCUUCUUUAGAGGGUGGUAUGGAUUAUCUAUGAAAUUUUGAGUUUAUUGUCACAUUUUCAGGUCAUCAAAAAAUGAAUCUAUGAAAAGGUAUACCCCACCCCUACCAUAGUCGUUGUACAAUUUUUCCCCGAAAGCAAUCAAUACCCUCUGCAUGUUGCAGGUGAAGAUUUCAUAUUGGUCAAUAGCAAUAAAAGGUCUUGCGCGUUAUUCUUCUCUCUGCGUUGGAUGCUCUAGCUACAUCGAUUUUCGAUUCAUGGCAAUCGCAGUGUGAUCUUGUUUACUAGUUAGCAGCUAGCAGGCACCAGCUACCCGCCACUGCUAACAAGGCCUCGUAGGUCAAUAGUUUCGCUGUGGAGUCGUGUUGAAUGAGACGAUGUGACGACUCCUUAAAAUGUAUUUGGAUGAAACUACUUACGCGCCACUUCCUUGUGAUUAUUUUGUAAGCAGGCCUCGUCCCAUUACGCGUGUGCUUAACAUAUUCAAAGAAACUAGCGACAUGCAACAUUUCCACUUUCGUCGUUUCGGCACACAGAUCAUGUAAUCCAUGCCAUCCAUAUCUUUCAGAUGUUUGCAUAGCCAAGAAGAAGAAACCUCGUCGUCUACUUAGUCGUUAUCGUUUAAACAGAGAUAAUAUAUUUCGCCACUAAUUCUAUGCAUGAGCAUGCCUCUCUUGUCCCAUCCGUGUGAUUGAUUCGAGGAAAUAGAUCUUCAUCUUUCUAACUAUAGGUAUUUCAAUGUGAAUUCGAUCCACCUUGCCUGUUUCUUUAUCAUGUGUUUGUUUCGAUUCAUAGGCGUGGUGCUCGGGUCGCGACCACGUUUGAAGAGGAAGAUCAAGGCGUAGUUUCUGGAGCGACUACUGUUGGACUAAACUCUGGGACGACUGGCGCGUUCAGACCCAGCACAACCACAGCAGUUUCGCCCUCUGUAGCCGAUGCUCGCGUGAAAAUGUCCGCUGUGGUGAUGUCGUCCAAUGUGAGUCAGGCACAAGAAGUACAGUCUGCGGACAAAAAGAAGAAGUGGGAAAGCAAUACGAAGAUCGCUGCCCCGUCAACCGGCCAUCACAUUCACGUGCUCCACUCGCUCCUUUCAGGAGGGAUCAACAAGGCACGUCCCUCAAUAUGGGAAGAUCCGGCACUCGCAGACCCCUUUUCAAAAGCAGACGCUACAGUCACGACACAGCAAGCCGCAGCGACUUCCGCUAGUAGUAGUUCCAGUGCUGCAGCUAGUAGCAGCGUAGUUUCUGCUGGGACGGCCUCCACUACUAGAGCUAGUGGCUCUACGACCACUAGUAUUACAAACACGAAUACAACUUCCACAUCAAGUCAACGCCCGACAAGCAAGGCAAAUGUAGUCGCUACCAGGCCAGCUGCUUCACCGCGCGGUGCUUUUUUCAACAGUGUGGGAAACACUAUUCCGGCUGUCGGCAAGAACAGCACUUUGCUAGCUACGUCAAGCAGUGGCAAUACGUCUACUAAGGGAGUAGAGGAGAGAGAUGAAGUGAAGCAGAAAAAUGUAACCGUUGUUGUGUCCGCAUCCGGAGGAGAUCUGAUAAAAUCGGGAAUAGGAGCAUCAGUCGCGGGAGCAGCGUCACAAACGCACACUCCGUCUGCUGUAUCUUAUGUUGUGCCAAGUGGAGCGGCAGGGAAGCAGUUUGUGCCUGCUCCAUCUUCCGCGAUUACGUCGCUGCCAACUGCAGCUUCGCGCAUGGGUCUGCAACCCGCGUACACGUCUUCGGCAAGUACGUCUUCUUCUACUGGCAACAGUAUUCAUGUGCUAAGCGGAGGAACGACGGGAACAAGUGGAGCGAGCACUGGCUUUGGUCUGAACCUGGAUGCGUUUCAGCUGCGGCUGCCAAUGCAGAUAGGUGCUCGCUUGUCGACGACAAAUGGCAUACUUGCUAGCACAAGCACAACCGCAGUGGCGGCUGGUGGUGUAAAGUCAGCGGUUUCUGUUCCGUCUGGCGUUCGUCCAGUUGCGGGUCAGGUAGGUGAUAAACGUAGUUCCCUAAGUCACCCUCAGAAUAGCACACGAGUCUCAUCCUCCUCGUCAACGUCUGGGCAUGAUGUAAGCAAAGCAGUGGCAACGCGGACGAGUGCAAUUAAUACUUCUAGUACUACAAGGAUCAUAAGUGGAGCAGCAGAAAGCACGUCAGAAGAACAGCGCCCAGCAAGUCCAUUGACGGAACGAAAUGUCGCGGCCGCGGCUUCCAGUUCAGUGCCGCGGUUGCGGCCACCCGCUGCUGUUACGGAUGAAGAGACGGCUUCGUGCACCACAGUCGAGUUGACCACAGCAACGAGUGGGGCAAAGGCCGCGCCUUCCGCGACCACUACGUAUGCAGGAGGACCAACGCCACCGCUUUUUGUACCUUCCUCGUCUGCGAGUUCAUCGAAACAGACUACAGGAGAAAGUGCAGUUUCGUCUACGGUGCCGAGUGCAGCUAGGCACGGCUUUUCGUCCGCGACUGCGUUUGAGGACCGAGUCGGAAAACAAUUCGAGGGAACCGCACCAGGAAGAGAUGGAGAAGAAGAAAGUUGUGCUCGAGAUGAAGCCUCUUCUACUCCAGCGUCAGCCCGACCUGGAAGUCUUGAAGUGGCUACGGAGAGGAAAAGACAGGGACAGAAAAAAGCGGUUGAGGCUUUGGCAUCGUGUGCAGCACUGCGGCCAGCGACGGAUGAAGGAAAGGUUGUAUCAGAGGAACAAGGUGAGGAGCAGCCUGCUAUGAAGCCUCAUUCUUCCGGGGGAACAGACGAAGAAGGGCUUCGUUAUACGCAAAGGGGUAGAGCAGAGCAGCAAGUGCAAGUCACUGUUAGCGGCGACACUGCAACUCAAGAGGUUCCGGCAAAAAGCGCAGCGGCUGAAACCCAGAGACGAUCCAGAGCUCAGAGUAUCCCCCGUGGAGGAGUUGUGCGGCCGCAGACGGCUCGCGGUCAUACUCGGCAACAAUCUCCGCGACGGCAAGCACAAACAGCACGCGGGCCCCGCGCUAGCUCGCCGAACUUGAGGACGACAAGUGACUUCAAAAACUUCGCUUUGACCCUCGUUUCUGAAGCAGGUAAAACGAAAGUAGAGGAACUCAAAGACGUAGUGAACCGCGCAAGUGGAGCUUCUGCGACAAACACUGCGAGUAGUACGAGGCCCACGACGGGCGGAUCGUCAGAUUUCCAACCGGAACCGCGAAAGAGCCGAUCGAGUAACAAGUCUAAAAAGGCCUCUUGUUUGGAUGCACAAAAUGCCGACGGCGUGGUGGCAGCGAGUGCGUCGCCAGUGGUGGCUGCCGCAGCGACGUCCAGGCGAACGCACGCCAAUCGAGAGACCAGCAUUCGCGAACAGAUGACCAACACUAACUAUGAAAAAACAAUCGUGCAGAGCAGCACUGCGGUCAACAACACAACCAGAAGAUCGAGUCCACCAUUGCGAUCGUCAAUUCGCGACAGCAGCGUGCCAGCUCGUGGAGCCACAAUGUCAUCUUUCCUUAGUCCCGGCGCGACCACUACGCAGAUGCAUAAUCUGCUAGGAAGUCAGCCUUCGUCAGCUCUUUCUCGGAUUGCCGACCCUGAUGGCCCGUUUCCUGGUGGCCAGGGUCGACAGGUGAAGACGAUAGGAAAGUACCGCCCGCAACCGCGGUGCUACGCGGGUAGUGCAAUUGUCUAUUCCUCUCCUUUGGGUACUCCAGCGCUGGCCAACAGAAAACUCAGCGUUUACACCGAAAAGAAUGUUGAUGGUUCUGCAGGAGAAGUCGGCAGCGCAGAAGGUCGUGUAACAUCAAGUGGCGGCGAUGGCGACGUCGUAAAUUUUAGUAGUGCGCCAGCACCUUCUGUAAGACCGGCUUCAUCUGCAGGGUCCUCGUCUACUUCGGCCACGUUUUGGCUCUAUGGGGGGACAUGCGAUACAAACAGCGGAAUUGUGCCCUUUAGCGAUCUGUGGGAACUGAAUCUCCAAACACUGCAGUGGACGCAGCACCGGCACCCGGCGGGUACCACACCGGGUCCCCUCUGCAAGCAUUCCAUGGUCGCUUGGCGACAUUAUCUUGUCUUAUGGCUCCCUAUCAAUCCACUUCCUAUGUGUAUGUUCGUUGUGUGUUGUUGUUUCUAAGUAAGAUCAUCUGAUGAAAUAAGCGUAGAGGACAACGCAAAGGAAUUAUGUAGGAUGAGGACCAUCCUUCAAUUUAAUGACUACUCCAUACAGUGAGCAGGAGUCAGGACGAAUAGUAUUAAAGACUGAGUACCAACGAAGAUUGUUCAUGUCUGUUAUAUUUUGUGAAACUGAACAAGAGCCUCCUCUAAUGCGUAUUUUCGGAGGUUGGAAUGGAACGAGGCGGUGCAAUGCGGUGUGGUUUUAUGACACGCAGAAGCACGUGUGGACCGAGGUGUUGAACACGAAACCAGGCAAAUACCAUAUGGCGGACGCGAUCUGGCCACCGCCGCAUACUUCCCACGCCGUGUGCUUGGUGGAUUCCGACGUGAUGCUCGUCGUGGGCCGCGGGGAGACGGGUACACACCGCAAGUACGGAUCUGACAUCGAUUUCUUCGACUGCUACAACCGCGUGUGGAUGCUGGGCGGCGCGCGAUUCAACGCUCGUGCUGGGCAUUCGCUCACGCCGCUGGCGGAGGGCCGCGUCCUCAUGUACGGUGGCCGCAAGGAUCACAGCAUCGAUUUUUUCAAGUACUGCGACUUCUGUCCCUUUCCCGAUGCCGUGAGACAGACGGGCAAGGUGGCGGAAGCGUCCACCGUGCCACUGGCCGUACCAGGCAUGGUGCCGGUCGCGCCACCCUUCGGCCGCAGUUUCCACCAGGUCGUCACCCUCGUACCGAACCACCUGCACCUCCUGCACGGAGGCUUUCUCGAAUCCAGUCACGUACUUACUUGUUUAUUUUUGCGUCCAUUCGCGCUCGCCUUGCAUCUUCAUUAUUACUACCUCCAAUACUUCUCCUACUAAUCGUGAUGUUCCUUCUUUUUGCGUUCACGCGGUUGGACUUUGUUGUGGAAUGAAGAGAGACAAUCUUUGACUACUACUACUACUAUCAAUCUAAGUAUGAUCUACUUACAAGUCCCUCUCCUGUCGCCCGUGUUGUGCGUGUUGAUUAUUCAUCCAUGAGAUGAAGCACCAAUGAAUUUGACGAGGAAUUUCUGCAUUCAAGCCUCUUUGCAUUAAAUAUUUAGGUAACUGGUCGUUGUCUCUUUGACGCCACGCGACAUACAGUUUUGUACGACGAAGUAACGGGAACCUGGUAUGAACUUGCGGCAGACCGAAGAGAAGAUCACACCUCAUUAUUCUUCAAAGCUCCUAGUCCAGCACACGUACCUUAUUUUUGCUCUUAUUUUUUACGUUUUGAUUUUUACUCGAUAAUUCAUUUUAUGAGAUCAACUUAUGGACACGGGAACUCGGAGGAUCAUUUCGAGGUCUUUUAUAUAUAAUUAUGUGGCCGUCAUUAUUUAUCUUCAUCUUAAAUUACACUACGAUUGAUUUUCAGUUUGUAUCUAUUUCUAUUCUGUUGUUCUCCAGGAUUCCGGCGGUCUGGUACUCGCAUCAGCCUGCCAGAUUAGUAGCGGUGGCAGUACGACUUGUUCGGAUGGGGUCGGAGGUGAACAGGAGGCUGGCUUAAAAGGCGCAGCACCUUCGUAUUUUGAGAGUGUCGAACUUUUGCCACCGCGUGCAGGCCACUGCUUGCACGCAAUGGAACAUCCGGAGGAUGCUCGUAAAAAACGCGUUGUUUUGUUCGGAGGAACGCACUGUGGCGUGAAUUUCAACGAUGUUUGGUUUUUAGACCUGGAUAUUCGUUGCGCAAAUGACGUGGAAGCAAAAAAGGUAGUUAGCACUUCGUCUCCCGCUGUGGGGGGUGGGGGUCUUGCCGCUUCCGCAGGUCUUGACAACGCAGCGAAACUGGAAUCUCGGAUGUCGGAUUGGCAUAGUAGUGCUCUCGGAGCUUCCCCAGGGUUACCUAAAAGUAUAACUUCAGGUACUACCACUCUGAAGCCGAACAACGUAUUUGGGACGACGGGGGGCGCUUCUUCUAUGAUGCACCAGUUCGCUACUUCUGGUGCUGCAGUGACAAAGUUCGAUGUGCGGCAGCACUACUUGCAGAAGGCCCGUAGCAUGGAUCCGCGCACCUUUGCGGUCGCGCUGAAGGAGCAAGCGCGGGAAGAGAAGGUCCGAAACGCUCUGGCGCGGCGGGAGGAGCAGAACCGUGAACGGAUUCAAAAAAACUACCUGCGCGAUCUCCGCUCGCAGGAAAUGCGCGAACAACAGAAGGAACUAAGGCUACGAAGUUCACCGAGAGAACAGCAGCAAGCCACCGCCGUCAGCACAGCAUAUUUACUCUCUCCCGCAGGUGGACAUCAAGGAGCAGGAAGCGGCCAUGUUCAAGGAGGAGAUGAAAAAAGCCACCAAGAACAUUUGCGACCGGUGUCGCCCGGUGGUAGACAGACCGUUGGUGCAUCGGCGUCCGCAGAGUCAGGCGCGGCGUUCAAUCCACCAACGCGUGUGAGUGCCCCAGCAUCGACCGCGCGAGCUUGAGACUGUAGCUAUGUGCAACCUCUUUCCACCAAUAAGAACACAUCGCUCCUUGAAGUUCAAAUUCAAUGUGCCUCUUGCUUCCGACUAUAUUCCCUCUAGUUUUCUAUGUGCGUCGUCCUCUGUCGUGAUUCCAUCCCUAUUGCAUGUAGUAUUUUCCUGAUCCACACGACGAACUCUACAUAGCGUAAAAAGUUUUGCUCUCCCACCUUGUCGUGGCCGCGCUUUAUGCUGGUCCAGAGAACGUCGGGGCUAUGAAAUCGCAGUACACUUCAUCCCGACAUUAGAAUAUAAAAAGCACAUAACUUAACCCUUUUUUUAUCAUAAUCAUUCUACAUGAUAAUCUGAAGAUCAUGAGCAUGAUAAUGGUCAUUUCUAGCCAUAUCCAUGCCAGGUCCUUGUAAUCUGAAUCAGUUUUUUUUAGUCGCAAUCAGGCUGUCAAGGCAAGCUAUCUAUUUGUUGCAUACUUCUUCACAUGGGCGCAGCACUAUAUCAUGCUAGUACAAAAACUGUCAACAUUGUAUAUUCGCCUCUCCCUUCAGACAACAAACGCUUAACAAAAUGUACUCAGUCGAGAACAUCGCGGUGAAGCUAGCCCUUGCACAUUGAUUUGUAGUGUUGGUUUUUCUCCGGGAUAUUACUUAGUAGCUCUGUACGAUCUGUAUCUGAGAAAGGUUCCAUUCUAUCCGUUCCUAUCUAUUAUACCUAGUAUUUGAAGAUGGAGGUGGUGUUGAAGGAAAGAUAAGCAAAGGCGCUUUUGCAGUAGAUCGAUGUUAGUAUCAGACAGAGCGCAUAGUUAUAGACAAAGCAAGUCUCUUUCGAAGUCACUAGGUAUGAAUGAUCAUGACCUUGCAGCUAGCAGAUGGACCGCUGGGCGUUAAAUCCAUGUCACGGACAUGCUUUUCUUAAUACUUCAAGUCUUGACAUCUUCAACAUCUUUUGAAAUCUUGAGAAUAUUACGAACAUAAUUCCUGAGUCCAUUUAUUCGGAAGCACCGCAUAGGUAUCUGAUUCUGAUAUGUGAGGAUAGGCCAUAGGCAUGCACGAAGACGAAGAAACCAUUCUAAAUCACAGACAACGAAGGACCCUCAAACACUCCCCAAUCCCGAGCCACCUCGUCCUUAUGAUCAAGUUUGAUGUUGAUCAUCUUGAUACUCAUAGCCGCCACAGAACUAAUACGGAUCUUUCCAGUCACAUGCCUAGCCCUACUAGAGAAUAAGAGCUGCACAUAUGAAAUCCUGCCCUUUUUUCUUGUGCAAGGCUGUAUCUCCUUUUCCAAUGAACGUCACAAGUUUUCAACGCAUUUUUCUAUAAUUAAUUGCAAGCUAAUCCCUUCACAACCAUAAUGCACUCCAUACGAGGAGGACAGGACGUGCAAUGACAGACACGAGCGGCUGCUAGC